CUAGAUCCUUUCCAAAAAGUUGCGAUCGCAUCGAUAGAACGAUCAGAGUCGAUUCUUGUCAGUGCCCAUACAUCUGCGGGUAAGACAGCCAUUGCAGAGUAUGCAAUCGCCAAGUCUCUAAGAGACAAACAGAAAGUUAUAUACACAAGCCCGAUAAAGGCAUUGAGUAACCAGAAAUACAGAGAGUUUGAGUCUGCUUUUGGAGAUGUAGGACUAAUGACAGGGGAUAUAACCAUUAAUCCUAGUGCUAGCUGCUUAGUCAUGACAACGGAGGUUUUGCUUACAAUGCUUUACCGCGGAAAUGAUAUUAUUUUUCGUGAAGUUCAAUGGGUUAUAUUUGACGAAAUUCAUUACAUGCGUGAUAAAGUACGAGGUGUCGUAUGGGAAGAAGCCAUUAUAUUAGUACCCUCUCAAAUUCGGUUUGUCUUUCUAUCCGCGACGGUUCCUAAUGCUAUGGAAUUUGCGGAAUGGAUUUGCAAAAUCCACGCUCAGCCUUGUCACGUCGUUUACACUGAUUUCCGUCCCACACCACUACAACACUAUAUCUAUCCUUGUGGGGGUGAUGGGAUUUUUAUGGUUGUCGACGAAAUGGGGGUAUUCAAAGAUGAAAAUUUUUUGUCAGCAGUCCAAUUAUUAAUUCCAGAGUCAAGUGUGGAAUACAGUAAAAAGUCAUUGGUGGUUGAUAAUAGACGUAGAUCUGGGCCGUCUGAUAUCGUCAAAAUGGUAUCUAUGAUAAUACAAAGCGAUCAUCAACCUGUGAUUAUAUUUUCUUUUGGGAAGAAAGAGUGUGAAAAUCUGGCUCGUCAAUUAAAAGACAUUGACUUGAAUAAUGAUGAUGAAAAAGAAUUAGUGCAAAGGGUUUUCAAUAAUGCGAUUGACGUGUUAGACGCUGAGGAUCGCCAAUUAUCACAGAUUAGAUUCUUGCUUCCUUUCUUGGUGCGUGGAAUAGCAAUCCAUCAUUCGGGGUUGUUGCCAAUAAUGAAAGAAACUGUUGAGUUGCUUUUCCAGGAGGGUUUGAUCAAAGUAUUGUUUGCCACAGAGACAUUUUCAAUGGGACUCAACAUGCCAGCUCGCACAGUUGUAUUCUCAGAUGUGAAGAAAUUUGAUGGCAGAAUUCUUAGAUAUAUCACUUCUGGCGAAUAUAUUCAAAUGUCUGGUCGCGCUGGUCGUAGGGGUGUUGAUACAUUGGGUCUUGUUAUUUUGAUGGCUAGGCAAAAGAUGGAAUCUUCUGAAAUAAAGAAGAUGAUAUUUGGUGAAUCGGACAAUUUGUAUUCAGCCUUUCACCUUAAAUAUAGCAUGAUAUUGAAUAUGAAUAGGAUUGAAGGUUUGAGCCCCGAGCUUCUAUUGAAAAAAAGCUUCUAUCAAUUUCAGAAUACCGCUCACUUACCAAGGCUUGAAGAAGAGUUACGUCGGCUAGAGAAAGUUCAUGAUUCAUUAAUUGUGUCUGAUGAAGAAAUUGUAGCAGAGUAUUUUGACAGUCGUCAAUUGUUAAAUGCGUAUUGUCGUGAGAUGCGGUCUGUGAUAAAUCAUCCGUCGCACGUUCUUCCGUUUCUCAAACCAGGAAGAUUGAUUCGGGUUAAACACGAUAAUAUGGACUUUGGAUGGGGUAUGGUUGUUGCAUUUGGAAAGAGGAAGAACCCGGAAGAAAGCGAUGGCUCUAACUCGGAGCAAUCAACAAUAGAACAAAAAGAAACCGACAAGAACAUUCGAGGCAGGCAAGAAUUGUCACCUGAGAAUUAUUUUGUUGAUGUAUUGUUAUAUUGUGAUCCCAGUUCUAUUGUGGCAAAGACUGCUGAUGGAAUAACCACUGGUGUUCGACCUUGCAAAGAAAAUGAACCCGGAGAAAUGAUGGUGGUUCCUGUCGAAUUGUCAACCAUCCGCAGUUUAAGUGCGAUUCGCAUAUUUCCACCAAAGACCUUGAAUAUUCUCCAAGUUAGGCAAAGUGUCUACGAAAGUAUCCAGAGCGUGAUCAAACGAUUUCCUGAUGGCUUAAUACCAUUGGAUCCUAUAGAAGACAUGGGGAUCAAUGACGAAAAUUUUCAAAAGCUAAUAAGAAAAAUUGAAAUUCUCGAAGAGAAGUUAUUAUAUAGUCCACUUCAUGGUACUCCGCAUCUUCCGGCAUUAUAUGAACGUUAUGCAAAGAAGGUUUCACUUCGUAAUAGAAUAAAGAAAUUGAAAAAAAAAAUCAGCGUCGCACAAUCUAUCUUACAUCUUGACGAUCUCAAAUAUCGAAAGAGAGUUCUACGCCGAAUUGGGUAUUUGACGGAUGAUGAUGUUGUUACCAUAAAGGGACAAGUUGCCUGUAGAAUAAGUACCGGCGACGAACUUGUUCUUACAGAAAUGCUCUUGAAUGGUGUCUUUAACGAUUUGUCGGUAGAAAAGACGACCGCUCUGCUGAGCUGUUUCGUGCGUGAACGUAGAGAAAAGGGAGGGGGACGUUUGAGAGAAGAGCUUUAUGUUGUAUAUAGGAGAUUACAAGAGAUUGCCCGGAACAUUGCGGCUAUAUCUAUUGAGUGCAAGCUUCCAAUCUCAGAGGAAGAGUAUCUCAAUAAUUUCUGUCCAGAUAUGAUGGAUACUGUAUAUGCUUGGUGUCAGGGAAAAUCAUUUGAAGAAGUUAUGAAAUUGACAGAAACAUUUUAUGAGGGUCAAGUGAUCCGAUCUCUGCGAUAUUUGGAAGAACUACUCAAAGAAAUGACU